UUGAUGGUCCAGAAGUUUGCCAGAAAAACUCAGAGCACUUUCUCUAAUCACAUUACUGAUGGAACGACCCAUGUCAUAAUGAAAACAGAUGAGGAGCUGGUAUGUGAACGGACAUUGAAGUAUUUCCUGGGUAUCGCAGGAAGAAAAUGGGUAGUUAGUUACCAGUGGAUAAUUCAGUCUUUUAAAGAAGGCAGGAUACUGGAUGAGGAGAACUUUGAAGUUAAAGGAGAUGUAAUCAAUGGCAGAAACCACCAGGGUCCUAAGAGGGCUAGGCAAUCUCUCACUGAAAAGAUCUUUAAAGACUUCGAGAUCUGCUGCUAUGGACCUUUCACUGAUAUGACUGCAGGACAUUUAGAGUGGAUAGUGGAGCUUUGUGGUGCCUCUGUAGUGAAACAACUUCAUCUGUUCACGCACAAAGUAAAUUCUACUGCUGUUGUUGUUGUGCAGCCAGAUGCUUGGAUGGAAGGCACAAGCUAUGAAGCAAUCCAGCAAAAGAACAAUGUUGCCGUGGUGACUCGAGAGUGGGUGUUAGACAGCGUUGCUUGCUUUGAGUGUCAGGAGUUGGACACUUACCUUGUGUCCUGAGACUGAUCUGCAGUUCUUUUUCUGUUGCACAAUUACUCAAGUAUUAAGAACUAUGGAUUUCUAAGCAACAAGCAGAGAUUAUGUGCUUGUAGUAGUCUUUUUCAGAGUUAAUAAGUACAUAUUUAUUAACAAUGAAAAUACUUAAGUAACAUCACUGUAUAAAUUACCACCUUUGUUGCCUUCUUGUUCUUUAAAGAUUAACAUUUCUAAUCUCAAAAUAGUCCUUUAAAAUUCAUGUAAAGUAAAUCAAAAAGGUUAGAACCUAAAUGGGGGGGGGGGGGGAAUGAAUCUAGAAUAUGGCCUCCUCAGAGAAACAGCAAUGCAUUAUUUACCAUCCCAGCCAGUUCCUGUCUAUGUAUUUAAGGACAUCCUGGAGGCAUACUUAUUUACAAGAGUAAUACUGGGCUUAGGUUGAAUUAAAAUAUACUUGCAUUCCUGAAUAAUCUUCAUAUCUUCAUUUUGCCUAAAUACGUACCCUGAAUAAGGAUAUGUGUAUUUCAAUAUGAAGAAACACUAUUUUGUGGUUACCAGUACAUGAAUAAUCUUAGGCUGUGGACUACAGCCGUUAUGAAAACUAUAAACAGCACUCCUGUUGUAGGACACUUUGAUAACAGUUUAAACUAUGUGAUCACACAAGUGGGCUAUACAACUUGUACUUGAUUCCUAUUACAAACCAAUUCUUAAAACAGCAAGCCUAUGCCAUUGUUCUGUUGCUCUUCUGAGUGUAUGUGGCAACAAGGAAGAAAUGAUAAAUAGAGGCACUUUAUCCUAGUGACUUACAAUAAGCUCUGUAAGAAUCUGUUUCUAGUAGUCCCUGUCUGCAGAAUGAGACUGCAAAGAAGAUAUAUUGC